CAUCUCUUGGCCAGAACAAUUUGACUCAAAAUUCGCAAUAAAUAAACGCUACAAUUUGGGCCUCCAAUUUUCAGUCAAGCCCAUCAACAGGCCCUAGCCCAAUCAAAAAGGCCCAACCACUUCAACGGCGCGAACACUAGAUAAUUCGCGAAUGUAGCAGAAAUAUUGAGCAAAAUCAUGAAUUUAUGGAGAAAUCUUGCAUGAAAAAUUCCGCAAGAACAUUCAAGAAAACUGACGAAACACAACGAUUUCGCAAGACGCAUCCACACACUUCCGCUCUCGCUCUAUAUAUACACUCCCAUUCCUAACCCACUUCAAUCACACCGCAUUCUUCCCUUCCAUCAUUCAAAACUUACUUUUCUUCUAUAGUUUCUGUUUGCUUCACUCUUUAAUGGCGACCGGAACUCUGAGUUUCUCUCCGCUUUCAUCAAACAGCGUUGUUGCUACGACAAACAGAGCUGCCGUCGUUCCUUGCUCCGCAUUCUUCCCUUCGGCAUGUAAGCUAGCAAAAAGCAGGUCGUCGUCGUCUGUCAGAGCUCAGGCCACCGGAGAUAGCAAAGACUCCGCCGUCGACGUUCAUGUUACCAGCGGACAGCGCGGCGGUGAUGACCAGCGCACCGCCGUCGAACGCCGCCCGCGGCGCCUGGCUGCCGACGUAGUAUCUCCUUUUGGAUUGCUGGACAGAGUGUCGCCGAUGCGUUCGAUGCGUCAAAUGUUGGACACGAUGGACAGACUGUUCGGCGACGUGAUGACGUACCCCGGCACGGCGGCGGAAGCGCGAUGGCCUUGGGACAUGAGCGAGGAGGAGAAUGAGGUGAGGAUGAGAUUCGACAUGCCCGGAUUGUCCAAGGAAGAUGUGAGAGUGUGCGUGGAAGAUGACGUGCUGGUGAUCAAGGGAGACAGGAAAAGCGACGAUGGGUGGUCGAGCUACAGCUCCUACGCCACCAGGCUGAGGCUGCCGGAAAACUUCGACAAGGAAAAAGUGAAGGCGGAGAUGAAGAACGGAGUUCUCUGCAUCUCUGUGCCUAAGACUAAAGUCGAGAGGAAAGUAGUUGAUGUUGAGAUUACUGGUUGAUCAUUUUUGUCUGUAAAUUCAUGGCGUGUAAAUUAAAGAUCUGUCAAUAAAAAAGAUUUACAAA